AUGUCCAUGCCCACCUACUCCAGCGUGGACAGCUGGAACGUUACAACCAUCAAACUUCUUGGGAAUAUCGUUGCCGGCGUCCCCGUUGAUUCCUUGCUGAGGUUCACACCUGAGAAACUGGCCAGCAUCGUGCCUUCAGUUUUUGCUGUUCUGCCUCACACGACACUUGCUAAUUUGACCAACGCCCAGUUGCAAUCCCUGACUACGGAACAACUUCUCCAAAUAAAUCACCAGCUUAAAAACAUGACCUCCGAAAAACGUGACUUCAUCGUCAGCCUCCAAAACAAUCGAACUUCUGGACCGCCGCCCCCCCAAUCUUCAACAGGUCCACCUAGAACAACUAAUUCCCUGUCUAACUCAAGUUUUUCUACACUUUCCAACUCCUCGGCUACCACAAACUCUCCAACUGCUUCCAACUCAACCUUCGGAUCAAACCCUUCACCUGGUGCCACCAAUUCAACCAGCUCAAAUUCCUACACUACAGCCAAUCCAUCGAUUAGUGGUUCCGGUUCUUCGUCAUCUUCUACCAAUUCAUCAACCGCCACAAACCCAUCGGCCAGUACCAAUUCUUCUUUGCCCGCAGCAAACUCUUCCUCGGCCGUCACAAAGCUACCGAGCUCUCCCACUUCGAACGCCACAAACCUCGGGACAAACGCUGAUUUUACUUCAAAAACAGCAGUUCCUACUGGAAACCAAAGUAAUAUGGUUGUUACAACUGCUUCUGCCAAUGCAGGCGUCACGCCAUCGGCAAAACAAACCAACACGGCUUCAUCAGUGAACGACGCCACAACUCCACCCUCCAACGUAGCCACAAACGCAGCCACCAACACAGACAGUGCCAAAAAGGAUGGAUUUACAACUGCAGCCAUACCGAUUGGAGUGGUGCAGAAUUCCAAUAAACUCACUCCAAACGAUGUUGAGAAGAUUGAUCCCUCCGUUCUGAAAGACCCAUCCAAUGUUGAAAAGUUGGUCUCUAGCUCUGCAGACAUGAGCGUUCAACUUGUAAUUCUGAACUUGAUCGAGGACUCCUUUGCAAAUACAGAUAAAGUUGAUCCGCCACUUUACGCUGCAAUAUUUCCGGCACUGCCUGAUCAAUGCAUUAUGUCAAUGUCUACUGAUCUUGUCAUCAUUGUCAUUGCCCAACCUAACUUCCAUGUAGAUGUUGAUAAGAUGCAAUCUCUGGGCACUCAAGUUGCAGACGCUAUCACGAAGAACACCAGCAAUAUUCAGACCCUAGGGAAAGCUCUCGCGGCAAUCCCUCCAUCGAAUUUUCAAACCUUUCUCAACAAGCAGAAGAUAACUAUGGACUUCCUACAAAAUUUCAAUUCAACGUUACUAACAGAAGAACAGAUCGAUUUAUCGAAAAUGACGCCAGCGGAGAAUGGCGCUCUUCUUAAAUCCUUCCCCACAGCAGUCUGUCAAUCACUCAAGAGUAAUGACGUCACGAAUUUAAGCAAAGAAGAUAGCUUGAUUGUCUUAACGAAGAUAAUCAAUUCGUUGAACGACGUGAAAGAUGUGGAUGCCGGCCGUCUCAUCAUCAAUAUUGACGUAACAUUUUUUUUCAAGAUCAAGUCUCCAGACUUUUUGAAGACCCUGUCUGUUAUUACGAUGAAACUUCUGCUGCAGAGUAAUUUAUUAACACCGCAAAGUGUCUUGGCUUUCGGAACUGGAAUCUGCCCGAUGAUACAAACAUCACAUCCAUUACCGAACUGUGCAACGGCCUCGACGUUAUAUGACGUGUGCAAGACAGACGUGAGAAACUACUGCGUUACCGGCAUAACAAACACAAUGGGAGGAUUUCUGACGGCCUCCGAUGUCAGUGCUGUCGAUGACAAAUCCUUUUCUGAUCUCUGCCUCAUCUACCUGUGUCCAAACUGUUUUCGCUAUAAAUGGGCAACAUCUGUUAAAGUUGUCUCAAGCGCUCUCGAUAAGAACCCUAGCCUGAUCACUUUGUACAGAAAAAUUGAUUUGCUUCUACCAUAUUUGAAUAUUAGUUACUUCGACGCACUGCCGUCAGCAGCCAUUCCUGAUUUCUGCAGUACAAUUGCCUGUCAGCGCGGAAGCUUCAAAAACGUGACGAUGAGGAAGUUGUCGUGCUCAGGAAAUGACUACAGUCUCUUCCUGGCCCACACCCGGAAACAGUUUUAUGACUCCAACGUCUCGUGCGACAGCGUCAAGGCCACCCUCGACGUUCUUCAGUCCACUGUUCUCGAUUGCGGCGCUCGGGGAACCAUUUAUAACUGCGUCAAAGGUCAAAGUUUCACAACGGUGACUGAUGUGGCGAAACUUGGAACGCUCAUUGGCCAGAUGUCUGACAGUGAAUUCGCUAAUAUUCCCAAAAAAUAUUUGUGCGGGCGCUUGAGUCGGUACAGUAAAAUCAUCGACAAGUGGCAUGCAAUUAAUGACGACAAAACGGAAUGUGGCUUCAGACCGCUGAACCUCUGCAACAACUUCGACGUCCUGAUUUUCAGAUUGAAAAAUGCUGACGCCUCCGCUGAUUGCAAGCCUAAAACCGCCAGCAGCAGGAGGAGGAAGCGAGAUGGUACGCUCGUUUGCUCACUUGGUCACCGAGUUAGCUCAGUCGGUAGAAGUGCCAUGUCUCGCGCUGCCAUUACGCGAUGGCAUGCAACUGCCCUAACGUGUUCGACGGUCAAGAGCAUCGUGAACAAUCUGCCUACACUGGCGGCCAGCAGUCUGUCGACACUUUCGAAUGCCGACUUCACCAAUUGUGUCAGCAUUCUUGGCAAGGUCCGUGGCUUCUCACAAGCUCAAUGGCAGGCUCUGGCUAUUGUCGCUAAGAAGGUUUUUGGAGAAACAUCCCGAUGGACGUCUGAGCAGAUUAUCAGUGCCGCUGGCAUUGUCUCUGGUCUCAGUGCGUCUGAUGUCUCCGCCCUACUGCUCACACCAAUUGAAACUGUCUUCUGCAUCGGCAACUUUGGAAACUGGAGUGAUGACAACACUAACCUGCUUUCCGGCAAAGUGAGUUCAGUAACCUCAGGUCAACUGAAGUCCAUGGGUGAGGUCAUUUGUGGGGCUACUGUCCCUGACCUUAGUCAACUUACUGCUGCCGCUGUCUGUGACGUCAUUUUGUACCUGGGUCAGUUGAGUAUGUGCGACGGACCACAGCUGACCACUCUGAUCGCCCUAGUCAAAGCCGACACGUGCUACGGUUCCAGUGUGGCCAAAUGGCCGGCCAGCAAAGUGCAUAUUAUCGGCAAUCUUAUCGGCGGUCUAAGUAAGGAUGACCUGGCCUCACUGUCGACGGAUCAAGUGAAGUCCAUUCCCUCUUCGUCGAUCCCCUACAUCCCCAUCCUCACCUUCAAUGUGAUCAGGAACAAGUUGAAGAGCAUUUCAUCCGAGAUCAGCUUAAACGUACUAGGAGUUUCAUACAACGGUCUCUAA